AAAAGAAAAAAAAAAAAAAAGAAGCCAAAAUCCAAAAAGUUUAUAUAAUAAUCAUUCAUAAUCCAAGAGGACCGAGACCCGAAGCUUUGGGGUCUGAUAAUUAGCUUUGCAAAGGAGGAGGACCCCAGCAAAGCCACGGGCCAUUAAACCAGAGAGCACAAUUUGGCAUUUUUCUCUCUUUGGACUUCCUUUUGACUUGUGUACCUUGUUGUUUGCCCAUUAAAGGAAGAGAAAAAUUGGAGAGAAUCUUGAGCUGAAGGAGACCCAUUAUCUUCUUCAUCUUCUUCUUCUUCUUUCACUGAAGAACUGAAACCCUAGAUCUGCAAUGCUUCACCUACGGCCUCGCCGGGAUUCUACUCCGGUUACUAGUAAAUGGCACAACAAGUUUGAGGAAAAUUUGGAGCAGUGGCCGCAUCUGAAGGAGCUGGUACAAUGCUAUACAGCGGACUGGGUGAAGGAUGAGAACAAGUAUGGACAUUAUGAGGCUGUUGGUCCGGUUUCCUUUCAGAACCAGAUUUACGAAGGCCCUGAUACUGAUAUUGAGACUGAAAUGUGUCUUGCUAGUGCAAGGCGAACAAAGGCUGAAGAUACCACUGAUGAUGAUGUCCCAAGUACAUCAGGAAGACAAUUUGCAGAGGCUACUGCCUCUGAUUCAUCACACUCAAAUAAUUUGAAGCAUUUUGGUCAAUCUCCCCUCCCAGCUUAUGAACCGGCGUUUGACUGGGAAAACGAAAGGGCAGUAAUAUUUGGUCAAAGGAUUCCAGAGACUCCUAUAUCCCAUGGAUUGAAGAUCUCUGUAAAAGUUCUCUCCCUAUCAUUUCAAGCAGGAUUGGUUGAACCGUUUUAUGGUACAAUUUGCUUAUACAAUAGAGAGAGACGAGAAAAAUUGUCCGAAGAUUUCUAUUUUCGUGUCAUACCAUCUGAAAUGCAGGAUGCAAAUGUUUCUUUUGAAUCUCGUGGAGUAUUUCAUUUAGAUGCUCCAUCGGCAUCAGUUUGUCUGCUAAUCCAGUUAGAGAAGCAUGCCACUGAACAAGGCGGGGUUACUCCUUCCGUUUAUUCUCGUAAAGAACCAGUGCACUUGACUGAGAGAGAGAAGCAAAAACUGCAGGUGUGGUCUCAAAUAAUGCCUUACAAAGAGUCCUUCGCGUGGGCUAUUGUUUCAUUAUUUGAUAACAGCAUUGGUGCAGCUUCUGGUGGGUCUGCUUCCCCUAGCAGUCCUCUUGCUCCUAGUGUUUCUGGAUCGAGUUCUCAUGAGGGUGUAUUUGAGCCUAGUGCAAAGGUCACGUUAGAUGGGAAGCUGGGAUAUUCAACUGGAAGUUCAAUUGUAGUUGAGAUAUCGAAUUUGAACAAAGUUAAAGAAAGCUAUACCGAGGACUCACUUUUGGAUCCCAAACGGAAAAUUCAUAAACCUGUGAAAGGUGUUUUGAGACUGGAGAUUGAGAAGCACCAGAUUGACCAUGCAGAGUUGGAAAAUAUAUCAGAAAGUGGUAGUAUGACUAAUGACUCAGUUGAUCCAGGAGAUCGCAUUACUGAUCCUUCGUUUGGAAAGCUCCCCAGUAAUGGUUCAGAUGUGCCACAAGGUAGCAACUCUAAAUGGAAUUCUCUCGAUGCCAAAGAAAUGUCUGGGAAUGGAUCAAAUGUACAUGGAAAUUCAGAUUUCGGUGCUGAUGAUUUUCAAGCUUUCGACUUCCGCACUACAACAAGAAAUGAGCCUUUCUCGCAGCUUUUUCAUUUCCUCUAUGUUUAUCCCUUGACUGUUAGUUUAAGUCGGAAGAAAAAUUUGUUUGUUCGGGUUGAGCUUAGGGAGGAUGAUGCUGAUAUCCGUAGACAGCCGUUAGAGGUACUGUAUCCAAGGGAGCCAGGAAGCUCACUUCAGAAGUGGGCUCAUACGCAAGUGGCUGUUCAGGCUAGGCUGGCCUGCUACCAUGAUGAGAUUAAACUCUCCCUCCCUGCUACUUGGGUGCCAACGCAUCAUCUUUUAUUCACUUUCUUUGAUGUUGAGCUUCAGACAAAAUUGGAAGCACCAAAGCCAGUAGUAAUUGGAUAUGCAUCGCUGCCAUUAUCCACACAUAAUCAGUUGCGAUCUGAGAUUUCUUUACCGAUUAUGAAGGAGUUAGUUCCACAUUAUCUACAGGAUACGUCCAGGGAGAGGCUUGAUUUUUUGGAAGAUGGAAAGAAUGUCUUUAGAUUGCGCUUGAGACUUUGCUCAUCUUUAUACCCCAUUAAUGAGCGCAUUAGAGAUUUUUUUCUUGAAUAUGAUAGGCAUACUCUUCGCACAAGCCCACCAUGGGGUUCUGAACUUCUGGAGGCUAUCAACAGUUUGAAGAAUGUUGAUUCCACUGCUUUGCUUCAGUUUCUUCAUCCAAUCCUGAGUAUGCUUCUCCACCUAAUAGGCAAUGGUGGAGAAACCCUCCAGGUGGCAGCUUUCAGAGCGAUGGUUAAUAUUGUUACCAGGGUGCAGCAGGAGUCGGUUGAUGAUGCUGAACGAAAUCAUUUUCUAGUUAACUAUGUUGACUAUGCUUUUGAUGACUUUGGGGGUCGUCAACCACCAGUUUACCCUGGUUUGUCCACCGUUUGGGGAAGUUUGGCGAGAAGCAAGGCUAAAGGCUAUCGUGUUGGACCAGUGUAUGAUGAUGUAUUGGCCAUGGCCUGGUUUUUCCUUGAGCUUAUUGUCAAGUCAAUGGCAUUAGAGAAGACUCGUCUUUUCUAUCAUAGUCUUCCAUUAGGCGAGGAUAUCCCACCUAUGCAACUCAAAGAAGGUGUGUUCAGAUGUAUUAUGCAGUUGUAUGAUUGCCUGCUGACAGAAGUGCAUGACCGUUGUAAGAAGGGUUUAAGCUUGGCAAAGCGUUUGAACAGCAGUUUGGCUUUCUUUUGUUAUGAUCUUCUGUCAAUUAUCGAACCUCGCCAAGUUUUUGAACUGGUGUCAUUGUACCUGGACAAGUUUUCUGGAGUAUGUCAAUCUGUUCUACAUGACUGCAAGCUAACAUUUUUACAGAUUAUAUGUGAUCAUGAUCUUUUUGUUGAAAUGCCUGGGAGAGACCCUUCAGAUAGGAACUACCUCUCUUCUGUCUUAAUUCAAGAGCUUUUCCUUACUUGGGAUCAUGAUGAUUUAUCUCUUCGAGCAAAGGCAGCAAGAAUACUGGUAGUUCUUUUGUGCAAGCAUGAGUUUGAUGCUCGAUACCAAAAGCCUGAAGAUAAACUCUAUAUUGCACAGCUGUAUUUUCCACUUAUUGGCCAGAUUCUAGAUGAAAUGCCGGUCUUUUACAACCUCAAUGCUGUUGAGAAGCGUGAAGUUUUGAUUGUUAUUUUGCAAAUUGUCCGGAAUCUUGAUGAUGCAUCACUUGUGAAGGCGUGGCAAUUGAGCAUAGCUCGUACUAGAUUAUUUUUCAAACUCAUGGAGGAAUGCCUAGUUCUUUUUGAGCACAGGAAACCUGCUGAUGGCAUGCUUAUGGGCUGCAGUUCUCGCAGUCCUGUUGGGGAUGGACCUGCUUCCCCUAAGUACUCUGAUAGACUUUCUCCUGCAAUAAACAAUUAUCUGUCUGAGGCGUCAAGACAAGAAGUUCGUCCUCAGGGAACACCUGAAAAUGGUUAUUUGUGGCAGAGAGUAAAUUCUCAGUUAAGCUCCCCUAGUCAGCCAUAUUCAUUGAGAGAAGCUCUGGCUCAGGCACAGUCUUCAAGGAUUGGAGCUUCUGCUCAAGCACUUAGAGAAUCUUUACACCCGAUUUUGCGGCAAAAACUGGAGCUCUGGGAAGAAAACUUAAGUGCUUCAGUCAGUCUUCAGGUUUUGGAAAUAACUGAGAAAUUUUCCACGAUGGCAGCAUCCAAAAGUAUUGCUACUGACUAUGGAAAACUUGAUUGCGUCACAGCCAUAUUUACGAGCUUCUUCUCCCGAAAUCAACCAUUGACUUUCUGGAAAGCUUUGUUUCCUGUCUUCAACAGUGUUUUUAAUCUUCAUGGUGUGACUUUGAUGGCAAGGGAGAAUGAUCGUUUUUUAAAGCAAGUCACUUUCCAUCUUCUUCGACUUGCAGUUUUUCGGAAUGACAGCAUUAGAAAAAGAGCUGUCAUUGGGCUGCAGAUACUUGUUAGGAGUUCUUUCUACUACUUUAUGCAGACAGCAAGGUUGAGAGUCAUGCUGAUUAUUACAUUGUCAGAACUGAUGUCUGAUGUACAAGUGACUCAGAUGAAGUCGGAUGGAUCACUAGAAGAGAGUGGGGAGGCACGGCGUCUUAGAAAAUCUUUGGAGGAAAUGGCAGAUGAAAGUAAGAGCCCCAAUCUGUUGAGGGAGUGUGGACUUCCAGAGAAUGCACUAUUGGCAAUUCCAGAAAAAAUGACAGAGAACAGGUGGUCAUGGUCUGAGGUGAAAUAUCUCUCUGACAGUCUUCUCCUUGCUCUUGAUGCUAGCUUGGAACAUGCACUUUUGGGCUCUUUGACGACUAUGGAUAGAUAUGCAGCUGCAGAAGGCUUCCAUAAACUUGCGAUGGCAUUUGCCCCCGUUCCAGAUCUUCACAUAAUGUGGUUACUACAUUUAUGUGAUGCACACCAGGAAAUGCAGUCUUGGGCUGAAGCAGCCCAGUGUGCAGUGGCUGUGGCUGGGGUUGUAAUGCAGGCCCUUGUGGCAAGAAAUGAUGGUGUUUGGAGCAAAGAUCAUAUAACUGCUUUACGUAAAAUCUGCCCCAUGGUAAGCAGUGAGAUAACCUCUGAGGCAUCCGCAGCUGAGGUAGAGGGAUAUGGUGCUUCGAAACUCACAGUUGACUCUGCUGUGAAAUACCUGCAACUUGCAAAUAAGCUUUUCUCUCAAGCUGAACUGUUUCAUUUCUGUGCAAGCAUUCUGGAGCUUGUUAUUCCAGUUUAUAAAAGUAGAAGGGCAUAUGGUCAACUUGCCAAGUGCCAUACACUACUUACUAAUAUAUAUGAGUCAAUUCUUGAGCAGGAAUCAAGCCCAAUUCCAUUCACUGAUGCCACCUACUAUAGGGUGGGAUUUUAUGGUGAUCGGUUUGGAAAGUUGGACAGGAAGGAAUAUGUAUACAGAGAACCCCGUGAUGUACGGCUAGGUGACAUAAUGGAGAAGCUUAGUCAUAUCUAUGAAUCUAGGAUGGAUGGUAACCACACUCUGCAUAUUAUUCCAGAUUCUAGGCAAGUAAAGGCCGAUGAAUUGCAGCCUGGAGUGUGCUACCUCCAGAUAACUGCUGUUGAUGCAGUCAUGGAGGAUGAAGAUUUGGGAAGCAGAAGGGAGAGAAUCUUUUCUCUUUCUACUGGAAGUGUACGUGCACGUGUCUUUGACCGUUUCUUGUUCGAUACCCCGUUUACAAAAAAUGGCAAAACUCAAGGUGGAUUGGAAGACCAGUGGAAGAGACGGACUGUUCUUCAGACUGAGGGCUCAUUCCCUGCGCUUGUUAAUAGGCUCUUGGUUAUUAAAUCUGAAUCACUAGAGUUUUCACCUGUAGAAAAUGCUAUUGGAAUGAUUGAGACUCGAACAGCUGCUCUACGAAAUGAGCUUGAAGAGCCUCGCAGUUCUGACGGGGAUCAACUCCCACGCCUACAGAGUCUACAGAGAAUUCUUCAAGGCAGUGUUGCAGUUCAGGUCAACAGUGGAGUAUUGAGCGUGUGCACUGCAUUCUUGUCCGGUGAGCCUGCAACAAGGUUGCGGUCACAAGAACUGCAGCAACUCAUCGCUGCACUGCUCGAAUUCAUGGCAGUAUGCAAGCGUGCAAUCCGGGUACACUUCAGACUAAUAGGUGAGGAGGACCAGGAAUUCCACACACAGCUUGUGAAUGGGUUUCAAUCAUUAACCGCAGAGCUGUCUCAUUAUAUCCCUGCGAUUUUAUCAGAGCUGUGAUGAUGGUUGUAGUGUUAUAUUUUUCGUUCCUCUGUAGUGACGUGUUAAUAUCAUCGUUUUUCUCUUUUUAAAUCCUUUUCCCAAAGGAUUUGCACAUAGUUCCAUGGUUGUUCAUAUGUGUUUUGUGUACUCGUAUUUUAAUUCUAGUGAAGCUUCUCCUGCAUCUUAUUAUGGUGCGUGGCA